AUGGCGACAGACGCUAGGGCGAAGUUUCAGAACCCGGAUUUUCGCCCCGAUUUUCACGCGGACUUAACGGUAUCAACUCACGACGGACUCCACUUUUGGCAGUUCAUGAUCGCCGGAUCCAUCGCGGGCUGUGUCGAACACAUGGCCAUGUUUCCCGUUGACACCGUUAAGACCCGUAUGCAGGCCUUGGGCUCCUGCCCCGUCAAAACCGGUACGGUCCGUCAGGCCCUAAAGUCCAUUCUUCAAUCGGAGGGGCCGUCGGCCCUUUACCGUGGCAUUGGCGCGAUGGGCCUCGGCGCCGGCCCGGCCCACGCUGUCUAUUUCUCCGUAUACGAGACCUGCAAGAAGCGUUUCUCUGUUGGGAAGCCUAACAACGCCGCCGCGCACGCCGCCUCCGGCGUCUGCGCCACCGUGGCCAGCGACGCCGUGUUCACACCGAUGGACAUGGUGAAGCAGCGGCUGCAGCUGGGGAACAGCGGUUACAAAGGGGUUUGGGACUGCGUGAGGAGGGUCAUGAGCGAGGAAGGGUUUGGGGCCUUCUAUGCCUCUUAUAGGACCACCGUGUUGAUGAAUGCGCCGUUCACCGCCGUGCAUUUCACGACCUAUGAGGCCGCGAAACGUGGUCUAAUGGAGGUCUCUCCGGAUAGUGUUGACGAUGAACGGUUGGUUGUGCAUGCCACCGCCGGUGCUGCUGCCGGAGCCUUGGCUGCCGCGGUUACGACGCCUUUUGAUGUUGUCAAGACUCAGUUGCAGUGUCAGGGUGUCUGUGGUUGUGAUAGGUUCAAAAGUGGAUCAAUUGGGGAUGUUGUUAGAACAAUAUUGAACAAAGAUGGAUAUAGAGGGCUCAUGCGAGGAUGGAUUCCAAGGAUGCUCUUUCAUGCUCCUGCAGCUGCUAUUUGCUGGUCUACAUAUGAAGCUGGAAAGUCCUUUUUCCAAGAUUUCAAUCAGCAGAAAGACACUGGAACUGUUACCUAA